AGCAGCAAAAUGAAGAUGCAAAAGUGACAAAAUAAAAUAUACCAAGGGGGAAGUUUGGCUUGUUGCCCAAGUCGAGAUCGAAACUCUCUCUAUAUCUCUCUCGCUCUCUUCCUCUCUCCUUCAAAAUCUCUCUCUCUCUGAACAAACCAACACAGAAAGGAAAUCAAGAUGGCAAGAUACGAUAGAGCAAUCACUGUGUUUUCACCGGACGGUCAUCUGUUUCAGGUUGAAUACGCACUUGAAGCCGUCCGUAAAGGUAACGCCGCCGUGGGCGUUAGAGGUACCGAUACUAUCGUUCUCGGUGUGGAGAAAAAAUCCACUGUCAAACUUCAGGACUCUAGAUCUGUCAGGAAGAUUGUAAAUCUGGAUGAUCACAUUGCUUUGGCCUGUGCUGGGCUUAAAGCUGAUGCUCGAGUACUUAUUAACCGGGCACGUAUUGAAUGCCAAAGCCAUAAGCUUACUGUUGAAGAUCCAGUUACUGUGGAGUAUAUCACACGUUACAUAGCUGGUCUUCAGCAAAAGUAUACACAGAGUGGUGGUGUUAGGCCAUUUGGGCUUUCAACUUUGAUUGUUGGAUUCGACCCACACACUGGUGUGCCAGCACUGUACCAGACUGAUCCUUCAGGGACCUUUUCAGCUUGGAAAGCUAACGCUACUGGGAGAAACUCCAACUCUAUGAGAGAAUUCUUGGAAAAGAAUUAUACAGAGACAUCUGGUCAAGAAACCCUGAAACUUGCUAUCCGCGCAUUACUUGAAGUUGUGGAGAGUGGCGGAAAAAACAUAGAAGUUGCCGUCAUGACAAGGGAUAAGGGUCUCCGUCAGCUUGAUGAAGCUGAAAUUGACACUAUUGUGGCAGAGAUUGAAGCUGAGAAGGAGGCUGCAGAGGCUGCAAAGAAGGGGCCUUCCAAGGAGACUUGAGUCUUCUUUUCUUUCCCCCUUUCAUCAACAUUUCAUAUCAAACAUGUAUUCAGAACUUAUGCCAUUAUCUGUUGGGACUCGUGUUUUAGAUGUACUAUGUCAUGUUUAAGCUGUUGGACUAGUAUGAAGCUUGCAAUUGAUUACCUUUGUUGCAGAGAAUAUGAUGUUAAAGAUUUGUGUCGUAGGAUGAUUUAUCUAUUGGUUCCUAAUGUUAAAGGCAAUAUCAUUUGUUUUAUCAUAA